CUCCUGUCUGCUGAGGUGAAGGCCUUUGCGGGCUGGUGGCUGGUCCGUGUGCGGGGUGCAGGCUGCGGGGAACCGGGAGCGCGGCGGCGACCAUGACCGAGGGCACGUGUCUGCGUCGAAGAGGGGGACCCUAUAAGACAGAGCCCGCCACCGACCUCAGCCGCUGGCGACUCACCAACGAGACGGGGAGGCAGACAUGGACGUACUUUCAAGAAGAAGAAGACCCUGGCCGAGGGCAGUCUGGCCUGGAAGCUCACUUAUUGGGACUGGACACCAGGAGUUACUUUAAGGACUUGCAGAAAGCCCACACAGCCUGUGAGGGGGCUCUGAACGGGAUGAUGUUUUACGCUGCACUGCAGGCUGAGGAUGGGCACUGGGCAGGUGAUUACGGUGGCCCGCUCUUCCUCUUGCCAGGCCUCCUGAUCACAUGCUAUGUGGCGCACAUUCCUCUGCCGGCCGGAUACAGAGAAGAGAUUAUACGGUACAUGCGGUCUGUGCAGCUCCCCGAUGGCGGCUGGGGCCUGCACAUUGAGGACAAGUCCACCGUGUUCGGGACUGCGCUCAACUAUGUGUCUUUGAGAAUUCUGGGUGUGGGUCCUGACGAUCCUGACCUGGUGCGAGCCAGGAGCCUUCUUCACAAGAAAGGUGGUGCUGUGUUCAUCCCCUCCUGGGGGAAGUUCUGGUUGGCUGUCCUGAACGUGUACAGCUGGGAAGGCCUCAACACUCUGUUCCCAGAAAUGUGGCUGUUUCCUGAGUGGAUGCCCGCGCAUCCCUCCACCAUCUGGUGCCACUGCCGGCAGGUGUACCUGCCCAUGGCCUACUGCUACAGCACCCGGCUGAGCGCCGAGGAGGACCCGCUGGUCCAGAGCCUCCGCCAGGAGCUCUACGUGGAGGACUACGGCUGCAUCGACUGGCCGGCGCACAGGAGCAGCGUGGCCCCUGACGAGCUGUACACGCCGCACAGCUGGCUGCUCCGCGUAGUGUAUGCGGUCCUCAACCUGUACGAGCGCCACCACAGCGCCAGCCUGCGGCAGCGCGCCAUCCAAAAGCUGUACGAGCACAUCGCCGCCGACGACCGCUUCACCAAGUGCCUCAGCAUCGGCCCGAUCUCGAAAAGCAUCAACAUGCUCGUGCGCUGGCACGUGGACGGGCCGGCCUCCUCUGUCUUCCAGGAGCACGUGUCCAGGAUUCCUGAUUACCUCUGGCUGGGCCUCGAUGGCCUGAAAAUGCAGGGCACCAAUGGCUCGCAAAUCUGGGACACUGCGUUUGCCAUCCAGGCACUGCUGGAGGCGGGUGCGCAGCACAGGCCGGAGUUUUCGUUCUGCCUGCAGAAGGCGCAUGAGUAUCUGCGGGUCUCGCAGGUCCCAGACAACGUCCCCGACUACCAGAAGUACUACCGCCAGAUGAGCAAGGGUGGCUUCUCCUUCAGCACACUGGACUGUGGCUGGAUUGUUGCUGACUGCACAGCUGAGGCCUUGAAGUCCGUCCUUCUCCUGCAGGAAAAGUGUCCCUUUGUCACCAAGCACAUCCCACAAGAGCGGCUCUUCGACGCUGUUGCUGUGUUGCUGAGCAUGAGAAACACUGAUGGAGGGUUUGCCACCUACGAGACCAAGCGUGGGGGACACCUUCUGGAGCUUCUGAACCCCUCGGAGGUCUUCGGGGACAUCAUGAUUGACUACACGUAUGUGGAGUGCACCUCGGCUGUGAUGCAGGCGCUGAAGCAUUUCCACAAGCACUUCCCAGACCACAGGGCUGGGGAGAUCAGGGAGACCCUCGAGCAGGGCCUGCAGUUCUGCCGGCAGAAGCAGAGGGCCGAUGGCUCCUGGGAAGGCUCCUGGGCGGUGUGCUUCACCUAUGGCACCUGGUUCGGGCUGGAAGCCUUCGCCUGCAUGGGGCACACUUACCGCGAUGGGGCUGCCUGUGCGGAGGUCUCCCAGGCCUGCGACUUCCUGCUGUCGCGACAGAUGGCGGAUGGAGGCUGGGGGGAGGACUUCGAGUCCUGUGAGCAGCGGCGCUACGUGCAGAGCACCCAGUCCCAGAUCCACAACACGAGCUGGGCCCUGAUGGGGCUGAUGGCGGUCAGGCACCCUGACAUAGCUGCUCUGGAGAGAGGAGUCAGCUACCUGCUUGGAAAACAGCUGCCCAAUGGCGACUGGCCCCAGGGCAACAUCGCUGGAGUCUUCAACAAGUCCUGUGCCAUCAGCUACACGAGCUACAGAAAUGUCUUCCCCAUCUGGGCCCUUGGGCGCUUCUCCCGCCUGCACCCGGAGAGCGCCCUCGCCGGCCACCCUUGAGAGCACGUCUGUGGGCACCUGGGGGCAGGGCUGGCCAUGCGCGUUCCAGGCGAGGCUGGGGCACCUUGGGGAGGCUGAGGCAGCCCCCUAACUGUCCUCUCCGGCGGGAGUCCUGAGCUCGGGCCUGUGGCAGGGGCGGGGCAGCUAUCUUCAGACACAGCUUGCAAUGUAGGUUUAGUUCUAAGAACAGCUGGUCGAGCUUAGGUGAGGGAGGGGACGGGGCGGGGCAUGAUGCUGAACGAAGCGCAGCACGUUCCGUGGUGCUGCCUGGCGUGGCACGCAUCCUCGCUGUGGCCGCGGGGCUGGGAGGGCUUUCCUGACCAGCGACCACGUUCUCGGGGGUGGAGCAGCCAUGCCUCAUUCACACCCUGCCUUGGGCCCUUGAGGACCGGCUCUUCUCGCCUCUGUCUCAGGCUGAGGGGCAUGACAGCCUCCCCGAACAGCCCGGCGGUGGAGGCCGGGCCUCCUGUCCCAGUGGCCACCCGCUGGCCCUGCCCCGGGUCUCGAGCUCGCCACCUCCGUGUUGCAGUUCAGCCAGCCCAUGGGGCUCCAACAUCUCUCCCUCCAGAGGUUAGGAUCGUCCCGUGAUGACAGACAGGAGGCCGAGUGCGAGGAAGGGUGAGGGGGCGUCAGUGGCCCCGCAGCACGGGCCCUGCUGUGUGUCGGGGACCUUCACGCCCGCCUUGUGCUCUAAGCUAACGGGAGGGUCAGAUUUCCAGGCACUGCCCCUGGCUUCUGAACCGUCUGGUUUGGCCUGCGUGGACUUGGGACCCAGGAUGGAAAAUCCAGGUCCUGGAGUCACCUCCGACCUGUGAGGAUGAGCGGGAGUGUGUCUGUGAGAGUCACCGAGAGCUCUGACGAGUGCCAAACCCAGGCCUGGGGCGCCCCAGCGGCCCACCUGCUUCUCGCCCGCCCCAGGGCCUCCUCCACCCGCUGUCACCCUGUGCCACCUCCCCGUCGGACGGCAGUCCCGGCUGCGCUCCCCCAGCAGACCAUCCUCCUUGGACAGACGGACAGACACCGGGGUGCCCCCUGCUCUUGCCACUGCCGCCCAGAACCCUUAGGGAGAGGUUUGCAGUGCGUGGCCUUGCCCCCACGGCUCUCAUGGCCCCGAGCACUGUCCCUGACUCUGGCAGUUGCCUGAGCCGCCCACCCCCACCGCCCUCCUGCCCCCACCCCAGUGGUGCUCUGCCCGCUCUGGGCCCCGCAGGGCUGGGCGUGUGUGCGCACAGGCAGGUCCCACCGCUCCGCCCGCUGCCGCACUGUGGUGUUGAGCCGGUGCUCGUUGAAUGUCAGCACGUUCCCCAGAUGUUUUUAAAUGAGGGUUUGCUUUGCUGAAGGAGCGGUGCUGGGCGCCUAUGAGAUCUGUGGGAUCUGCUCCCGCACCAGCAGCACAGACAGUCAUUUGCCGGCCUGCUCCUUGCUCCUUGCAGUGGCACUGCCCAACCAUGACCAGAUCUGGAGGAAACAUAAAGCUUCCACAAAAGAAAUGAAAAUCCACCUUUUUUUUUUUUUAAAUCCACUUUUAUACUGAAACAUUCCUGAAAGUCACCUGUCUCACCAGCUACCUUAAUACACAGACGUUUGAGUCCCUUAGGCAGAGGCUUGUCAUGCAUGUGUUUGGUCUUAUCCUGGAAACCGUCGUGGAUUGGGGUCCCUCGUGCCUCAUGCUGGAUGCUGGACCACUACCCCUCAGUCUCAGGGAACAAGAGCGACUGCUCCAAGACAGGCAGGAUGCACAUCCAGUUAUUUGAGGGGAAGAUAUUUGCUUCACCCUGAUUAAAAAUCAGGUUCUCUGUGCUGGGUGAAUGAUUGCUGUGUCUUGAACUGAAGCUGUUCUGCUUGUGGUUACCAGGAGCAAGUUGUGAACGUUGCGCUGGGGCAUCUCCUCCGGAGCCGGGUUAGCUUUUCUUGCUCACCAGGACAUGAACGGCAGGUCUGACCCUUUGAGGGAUUCUCUAACUGGAAAUGCUUAGCUCACAAUGGAGACUCAUCUCCAGGAAAAUGCCUUCCUUACUGAACAUAACCAGUGUCGACACAGAGAUUAAAAUUUUCUUUGGGCAAUAAAAAUGUUUAAA